AUGUCGGUGCGAGCCGCCCAGUUUCGUGACGGCGAGAGUUAUGAAAGCGGAUCCCACCAGGCCCGCCCGAAGGAGUGCGUGGUACGAGUCACGACGCACUACCCUCCUCGGGGAGUCCUGCAAGUAGGUACUGUAUACAUUUGGAUGGACGUCGUUGCACAUGGCCAUCCGUGUCCUUCAUACCACCACGUCAGUCCGUCCCGCCAAUCGAGGCAUCUAGUCUGGGAGCUUCCUGGCAGAACUGGUCGCAUCUGCAAACGAGUACGACCAGUCUCAUCGGUGCUCGCUUCUGCCAAGAAGAGCUCCGAUCCAAUAUCCAGGCAGACGCUGACGUUGACGUUGACCCGGACCGACGCAGGGGGGGGCGCUCCCCUGAAGCCUGCUUUUCCAUUUACGCGUCUGUUGGUGCACCGCACGAGCCGGAUGGAGACAGCCGAGAUGGGGGAAGAGAGAACCCACCGCAGCCAACCGGAGGCCAGAGACGCAGAGGAAUGGCUGUGA